GUGAUCAGCUGUUCGGCGGGAGCGAUGAGCCACCAGUUUUCAUUCAAUCGUCGAGUCGUGCGGUCGUUUCGUUCGUUUCGUUCGUUCGCACGCCGACCGCCGCGCUCAACCCGUUGCUGCAGGCGCUCGGCACGGCCCAGCUCUUCCCGCUGCGUCUCAUGCUGAGGUCAAAGGCGGUGCGGCCGAGUGGGCGGCCCUCCGCGCGCGUGGUCACCUGCUCGCACCCGUCGCCUGCCCGAGGGCAGCUGAUCGGCAAGCCGGGCGAUGCUCCCGGUGCGGUCUCCGUGCCGCCGCUCGCUCCGCGGCCACGCGACCGCUCCCCGUCGCCGCUUCGUGUCAGCGAGCUCUCGCGCCAGGGAGAGCGGCGUUCGCCCGGCUCGACGACGGGGGGAGGGAGAGACGAGGAGAUGGAGCGACGCUGCAGGGAGAAGGUGCAGAGGCUCCGGGACGAGGUAGGCGGCCCUGACGGACGAGCUGGAGGCGGAGAGGGCAGCGCGAUCCACAUGGCGGGCGGAGGAGGCCGCACCCGGCACCGCGAGGGACACGGACGGGGGCUGCUCGUGCCGUGGUGACGUCUCCCCGCCGCUGGGCCACGUUCUCCGAGACUCUUGUGGAGGUGACGCGUCUGACAGCAGCACGGGGCGGCAGCUCCUCAAGGCUCGAGGCUCGGUGCUGAGCCGCCUCGAGGAGGCCGAGGAGGGCAGCAGGGAGGUGUGCCGCCACGCGGCCGCUCUCCGGGACGCCAUCCAUGACAUCACGCACGGAGGUGACUUGACUUUGGCAGAGGCGGCCAGGAUGGAGGUCCUUCUGUGCAGUCUGUUGAGCGUGGAGGGCGCCUUUGGGGCCCUCUGCCCGCUGGCGCGCAAGCAGCAGGCCCGAGAGAAGGAAAAGUUGUGCCUGCGGGACGAGGAGACACUGCUGCUGAAGAAAUUCACGCAGUCGCAACUCGACAACGAGAGGCUGUCGCAGCUUCUCCAGGAAAAACAAGCGGAGGUGCAGCACGUGACCACGCAGCUGGAGAUGCAGAAGGACGGAGUGCGCGUGACCGCGUGGGAGUCGCGGGAGCUGGAGGGCGAGCGCGCUCGUCUCCAGCGGCAGCUGAGAAGCCGCGCGGCCGACGGGGACCGCAUGGCGGUGCGCCUCGCCGUUCUGCAGAAGUCCGUGUCGCGGCAGCGUGCCGAGGCGGGGCGCCUGCGGCGCGAGGUGGCGACGCGUGCCCGCGAGAGGGAGCCGCUCAAGGCAGCCGCGCGCUCCUACAAGCGGCGAGCGGAGCGCGGGGAACGCGACGCGCGGCAGCUGGGGACGCGGAUACGGGAGACGGAGGAGCGCUUGGUGGAGGCGUCGUCCGCGAUGGGGAGCUGGCGCCGCCGGCACGACGAGGCGAAGCGGGAGAAGGCGGCGCUCGCGGCUCGCGCGGAGCUCCUCACCGAACGGAUCGGGAGGCUGCAGGACGACGUGCGGGCUCUGGAGGAGUCUCCCUCGGGGCGGCAGGAGUUGGCGGCGCUGGCGGCCGAGCUGGCGCAGUUACACUCGGACAACGAGGCGCUGCAGGUGUCGCUGCGAGAGACGGAACGGAGGGAGAGUCGGCGGCAGGAGGAGGUGGAGGCACUGAAGAGCGCCCUGCGCCAGCAAGGCGACUCUGCCAGCCAGCUCAAGCAGCAGGUGGACGCGGUUCGUGAUGAGGCCGAGGUCGCCCGUGCCAAACUGGAGUCUCUGGAGGCUGAAAAUCAUCGGCUGCAGCAGCAGCAGCAGCUCACGGAAGCAGUGGAGGCCCUUCUUACCGUGAGGCAGAUGGCGCCGCAAGAAGGGGCGUCACAGGGCGGGGACGUUGCUGCCGGCGCCGCGAGGGUGCGCAGGCUGCGGGCCGAGGGGGAGCAGCUGCAGGGCCUCGCUGAGGAGCUGGGGAGCGAGGCUCUGGAGGCGGAGCGCCACGUCUCAGCGCUGGCUCGCACGCUGGACGAGCGCACGGCGGCGCUGGCUCAGGAGGAGGCUCGGAGCCGCGAGGCCGAGGCUCGGCUCGGCAGCCUGCAGCGCCAGCUCCGCACGGCGCGCGAGCGAGCGGACGUGCAGGUGACCCAGGCACGCGAGCAGGAGGCCCAAGCCGAGCGGACCGCUGAGGGCCACGUGUCCGAGCUGAGAGCCGAGCUGCGGAGAGCACAAACCCAACUCGACCGCCUGCAGCGCUCGGCCCAGCAGGCGGAGCGCGAUCGGGAGAGGGCGGUGGAGGAAGCAACGUCGCGGCUGAAGCGAUCUCACGACGGGACGGGCUCCCUGCAGAACUACGUCAGCUUCCUGCGCGGCUCGUACGAGCGGGUGUUCGGAGGCAGCCUCGCCAUGCCCGUGCCGCCACUCUCCCCCGUGUGACAUCAAGGAAGAAGAAAAUAUCACGCAUACGCACGGAUUUUGUAAUGCUUUCCAAGAGCGCCCGUUGGUCCUCGUAAGUAUUUAAGUAGCGAUACUUAUCAUCCGCUCCUGGAUGAUGUCACAUGCAAUUAUGUCAUUGCCUUGGCAGCCAAAAGACAAUCCUCUUGGAAUUGUUUUUUUUCCAGGUUAUGGGGAAACCUUUUGAUCAAUUUGGCCGUUCUUCUCUUGGUAAGCUCCGAAUAGCAACACAACUUUCAUUCGGAUAGCAUCUUGACGGGGUUUAUGUGGGCGCACCUCCCACCCGACCCUCUAGACAAACAGCAGACGGAGGGAAUGCAAGAAUGCUUUCAACCUCUGGGAAAGUGUUCAACAGAAAAAAGGUUGCGAAGUUGAAUUGCGAGCCGAGAAAUGUUCCUUGGUAACGCUGCCCCGCCGAGAUGCUGAAAGACGUUCGUGCAUGAUUUCUGUCCACCCAGAACGAGGGGGUGGGGGGAGGUACAUCGAUGCAGCAUAACACGCGGGGCCUCAUACACCGGUCCUCAUAGAACAGUCUAAAAAUCCAAAUUUGAACUGACGUUCGUCUUCCGACUGUUUCGACAUCACGAGAACCGAUUUUGACGCACCACCACCUACCCCCAAGAUUUUCUGACUGGGCAUGCGAAUCACGGGAAAAUAAAUAAUUGUUGCGGUGUACCGCCAGUACGUUCGAAUGUGCAAACAAGAUUUGGUCCCAACACUACCCAUCAACUUCUGCACUAAUUAUUAACGUUAUUUAAAUACUUACGAAAACAAACCCAUUAAAUAAUCCCUUCGCGUUUGCACGAUUUUCCAUAAUUUGCUUCGGUUAUUAUUAUUCACAACCCCCUCAAGUCGAUUCACGACUGAAGGUGUCCUUAGGCCGCGUCGGCCAUUGGAGUCGUCUGGCCCCACUUCAGCACGCUGGUCAGUGUGGGUUGGCAAAAGACGGUGGGUGGGGGGUGCGGUAUCAGGGCUCGUUCGGAUACCACCACCACCGAUGUGAGCCGUGGCUGGGAAUCAAACUCAGGUUGUUGGGUUCAUAGCGCAGUGCUCAAACCACUGUGCCGGUCCUCCGCGGUUGUUCAAUGCUUAAUGGUACUUUGUGGUGCCAUAGUUUUAAUUAAGAAACCCAGUGAUGUGCCUUUUAUGUACGUGUGCAGCCAUAAGUGAAAACAUGCAAUGUACUUUACCGAUCUCAGGGUGUUUUAGUGGGGACAGCUCAUUGAUGGCUCCUCAAGUAAUGUACAUGAUUUGAUGGCGAUGCUGUGAUUGGCGUCUGUUAAGUUUACAAAUAAUCGGUUUGACUUCUGUGUGUAAUGUAUGGAGUACUGCUGUGUCGGUGUAGAUGUGUUUAUCAGCUUGUACUGUGCUACAAAUUUAGAAGCUCCUGAAACUUCGGACCAGGUGGUGAACAACCGAACUUGAAAACCUUCAAGUUCGGUUCGUAUGUGAUUCGUAUGUGAUUUUACAAUAUUUACAUGUUCAUAUAUUUAACUUUACUGAGAUUUGUGUGUCACUUAUAUGAAGGGCUAUUGCAAAAUGAGCAAUUGCAGACUUAUCAUGCAUUGUUUUAGUAUAGUGGAUUUAAUGAUUUGGAUUUUUAAAAAAUUGUCGACACUGGGACCAAAAGUCAGUGGAGAACACAACCCUGAACAUAUUUAUGAACCACGUGAGUCCGUGCCAAAACCAGAAGCAUAAUAUUGGCAUCUCGCAAUGAACUCUUGUUAACUUAAUCCAGGAAAGGUUCGUCAAGUCCCAAGACUUUCAGGAGGUUCAUGCCAAGAUUUUGCAAGAGGGGAGCAAUGUUUGCUCUAUGUAAUCCCAAUGAAAUAAUUUGCAGGUAAUUUUCCGAAUUGGAAUGUUUUGCCAAUUCCGGUAAAGUUUGGAUUUUUUUUUAGCAAAAGGUCAUGGAAAAACCCACAUGCAGGGCAGGGGUACAACAGUCGACCUCCACACAAUCGCGAAGCUAACCCGGUGUUACCUUUGCACCACAUCCGUUCAGGUGUACCUGCCAGCUGCAAUUCCUGAUGUGUGCUGGGGCCUGGUUUUGAAUCCAGGGCAGCGGAUUCAUUUACAUUCUCUGUCGAGAUGAGUGAGCGGUGUUUUCAAAGUGUGCCAUCAGCCUCUCAUUUCAAGAUCUUCUAGCCCGUGUUUGUUUUUACCGUUCAAUAUGCAGGAAAACAUGGUUCAUGGUUCGCAUAAAAACGCUUUCAGAAUAAUUUCUGCACAAACUGAAAGUUCCAAAUAAAAAUUCAUGAAAAUGUAUAUUUCCGUUUUCCUUACAUUUAUAUUCAAAGGAAUAAGCAUAAGAAAUGUUAAUGCGAAAACCAACCCAUUGUGAUUAAUGGUGCUGGAUAGAUCAAUGAACGAUGCUAUGAAAAAUAAUAAGGUUUACCCUUUCUGGCAAUAAAACAGGUGUUAACAUGUUUAAACACCAAAUUGAAACCUUUUUCAAGGAGUCAAUUCUGCAUAAACCACACGUGCUGUUUGGUGAACAUGCAAACUGCUAAUAUAUGCAUGAUUUGAAACUGAUUGGCCUACACCAGACAGCCUUCUUUACGGCCAAGUCUCACCGGUGUUAGACAAGAGAACGGCAAAAGGCGAACAGCACAAAGACAAGGCACAUACAAGAUCAUUUAGAGCUCGGGUUGAGGCGCUCUAUCACGGGACCUUAUUGCCAGUAUGCGUGUUCACCACAAAAGUACGUGUGGUGAAUGAGGACUUGAUUCCUUACAAAAGGCUUCACACCUGUGUAGUGACUUGUGGCGUCACUACCAGGUGGACACACACACAUGACGUCAUCCCGUCUGGGAGCGGGAAUGACGUCACGACUGGGUGAGGGCCCCGGGGGUUGAG